AUGGAUGACCACCGCUGGAGCAAGGACGGCGGCGGGGGACCGACGGGGUACCUCCUGCAGCCGGCCAUGGGCGACGAGCCGCCGACGCGCGUCCAGCGCUUCUUCCAGGGCUUCCGCCGCGAUCCCCAGUCCGAGUUCUACAGGGGCAACGUCGACGCCGACGCCGACACCAUCGUCCGCUCCCACGGCGUCGGCCCGCACUACGACCUGCGCAGCGCAACCGUCGACAACGCCCAGCAGGGGGGGCUGAUGCGCAGCCUCAAGGGCCGCCACCUCCAGAUGAUUGCCAUUGGCGGCUCCGUCGGUGCCGGAUUGUUCGUCGCUAGCGGCAAGGCCCUCGCCGUCGGCGGCCCGGCGUCGCUCCUGAUUGCCUUCUCCGUCGUCGGCAUCAUGCUGUUCUGCACUUGCCAGGCGCUCGGCGAGCUGGCCGUCGUCUUCCCCAUCGCCGGCUCCUUCUCAUCGUGGUCUACGCGAUUCCUAGACCCCUCUUGGGGAUUCGCGAUGGGCUGGAACUACGCGAUACAAUGGCUGGGUGUGUUGCCGUUGGAGAUCAUUGCGGCUGCACUCACCAUCGAGUAUUGGAAUGCUUCCAUCCCGAGGGCCGUCUUCGUCACCAUCUUCUUAGUCGUCAUUAUAACCAUUAAUAUGUUUGGCGUUAAAGGCUAUGGAGAAGCGGAAUACGCCUUCUCCAUGAUCAAAGUCAUUGCCAUCCUAGGCUUCAUCCUCCUCGGCAUCGUCCUCAACAUCGGCGGCACGCCGGACAGCGGCUACAUCGGCGGCGAGUACUGGCACGACCCGGGCGCCUUCCACAACGGCUUCAAGGGCAUCUGCAGCGUCUUCACCACCGCCGCCUUCGCCUUUGCCGGCACCGAGCUCGUCGGCCUCGCCGCCGCCGAGACCGCCGCGCCGCGCAAGUCGCUCCCCACCGCCAUCAAGCAGGUCUUCUGGCGCAUCACCCUCUUCUACGUCAUCGCGCUGACCCUCGUCGGCCUGCUCGUGCCCUACAACAGCCCGCGGCUGUACGGCGGCGACAACCCGGUCGACGCGAGCGCCUCACCCUUCGUCAUCGCCAUCGAGGACGCGGGCAUCCAGGUGCUGCCGUCCGUCAUGAACGCCGUCAUCCUCGUCGCCAUCCUGUCCGUCGGCAACUCGGCCGUCUUCGGGAGCACGCGCACGCUCGCCGCCAUGGCCAACCUGCGGCAAGCCCCGCGCAUCCUCGGCUACGUCGACCGCAAGGGCCGCCCGCUCGUCGCCAUCGCCCUCGCCGCGGCGGUCGGCCUGCUCGCGUACCUCGCCGACCUCCGCCAGCAGCAGGUCGUCCUCGAGUGGCUGCUGACCGCCUCCGGGCUGUCCACCAUCUUCACCUGGGGGUCCAUCUGUAUGUGCCACGUGCGCUUCCGGCGCGCCUGGGCCGCCCGCGGCCACUCCCCCGAGGAGCUGCCUUUCCAGGCGCAGUUCGGCGUCGCCGGGUCGUACGUCGGGCUGGCGCUCAACGGGCUCGUCAUCACCACGCAGUUCUGGGUGGGCGUGUCGCCGGUCAACUCGCAGAACAUGACGGCGCGCCAGAUCGUGCAGAACUUCUUCCUCAAGUGGAUGGGCGCGCCGGUCGUGCUCCUCUUCUUCCUGGGGCACAAGUUCUACUACAAGACGAGCUACGUGAGAAUUGAGAACCUCGACAUGGACACGGGCAGGCGCGAGUUUAACCUGCCGAUACUGAUAGCGCAGGAAAAGGAGGAGCGCGACAGCUGGCCACGGUGGAAGCAUUUUUACAAGGUAAUAUGUUAA